AUGGACGAGCUCUCAGAGUAUGAGCUGCAACGACUGGAGCACAUCCGUCGUAACCACGAGAUGCUCGUGCGGCUCGGCCUCGUCGACCCGACACCGGCCGCGCCGCAGCAGAAGGCGCCAAGGAAGCCCCGGACCAAGCUUCCGCCGGUGCCGCCCGAGUCGCUGCGACGCUCAUCUCGCGUGCGCGACCUCAAGCCCGAGUACACCAAGGAGACCAUCGACCAGUUCGGCGACGAUCUCGACCGGCAGGCGGCGAGGCGCUCGCCGGCGAAAAAGCGGCCUCGGCCAGAGGAGGAGGACGCGGACGAGGCGGCGCUGCGUCGGGAGAUCGACGCGAGCACGGUCGCCUUCCUCACUGAAGGCGCGGCGAGGCCCUUUUCCCGCCUACCUUCCCCUUCUGCCGAACGGGGGCCGGACCCCCGGCCAACCGCCGAACGCCCUGUUUCCGAAGUAGGCCGGCACCGCUGCAUCUCCGCCUUCUUUGCGGCCUACCCGACGCCAUCGGCCUUCCAGGCAGAGGUGGUGCAGCGCGGGCAGGUCGACGCGCUGCGCGGUCUGGUCAACUCGCUCGGCCUGUUCGACGACCGUCUCAAGUCGCUGCUCGCCAUCACGACCGCCUUCCUGCUGCCCGCGGAGGGGGAGGACGCGUUCGCGGUCGACCUGAAGAAGCGCGAGCAGGGGGGGCACAAGAUCCACGGCGUCGGAGAGUUUGGGUGGCACAGCUGGCUCAUCUUCUGCCGCGACAUGGGCGCCACCCUCAAGCUGGAGGCUGGCUGGGGACCCUACCUAAGCUCCACAGAAGGCCUGGAGGCUCUUCCCGGCCUGCCCCGAGAGACCGGCUAG